CGCUGCCCCUUCUUCUGCUAUCAUUAUUGGGCAGCAUUCAUGCCGAUCUCCCCUAUCCUCCUACUGCCACCCCGCUGUUUGAGGGAUACCCUUAUGGUGUCAUAUGGAACAUGCCAACUCCUGUUUGCAAGCAGAACAACAUCCCCCUGGACACCUCGCCAUUUCAGGUCGUUACCACCCCUGAAGCUGUUACUGACCAGUUCCUCUUCCUGUUCUACACCAACCGCCUGGGGUUGUACCCAUUUGUGGAUGAAGCCACCAAUAAGGAGAUAAAUGGAGGCAUCCCACAGAAGGGCAACCUGACGGCCAGCUUAGAUAUAGCCCAGUGGGACGUCGCCCACUAUAUGCCUUCAGAAACCUCCCCUGGUCUGGCUGUCAUUGACUGGGAGGCCUGGCGCCCCCUGUGGGACAGAAACUGGAACUCUAAGACUAUCUACCGCACGCUGUCUAUUGACUAUGCCCGUCAACUUGACCCCUCACUUUCCCCAUCUCAAGCUGAGCCUGUGGCCAAGGAGCAGUUCCAGACAGCUGCUAGAAAAUUCAUGGAGGACACAAUGAGUCUAGGGAUUGAUAUGAGGCCCAAUUACCUCUGGGGCUUCUAUCUCUUCCCUGAAUGUUACAAUGAUGUCUGGGAAGAGGCUGACUACACAGGUAUGUGCCCAACAUGGGCGCAGGCAGAGAACGACCAGCUCCUGUGGCUGUGGCAGACAAGCACGGCCCUCUACCCAUCCGUCUACCUGCAGACUAGUCUGGCCAACACCCACAAGGCCGCUCUGUACGUCCGCAACCAAGUUCAUGAGGCCAUGAGGGUGGCCAGCCUGCCUAAGCACCCCUUCAAUGUUCCCAUCUACGUCUACACCCGUCCUGUCUUUACCAAUCAAGCUAACAAAUUCUUGAGUUUGGAGGACCUGGUCCACACUCUGGGUGAGAAUGCGGCUGUAGGGGCCUCAGGUUCAGUGCUCUGGGGGGGCACUACGGACUUUGAUGACAAGGCGUCAUGUGAGGCCUUAUCCUCCUACCUGAACUCCACCCUGAACCCCUACAUCGCCAAUGUGACGGCAGCUUCCAGGCUCUGCAGCGAGUCACUCUGCCAGGGUAACGGGCGCUGCAUCCGGAAGGACUACAACUCUGACGUCUACCUGCACCUGAAUCCUGCCAGCUUCUCUGUCCAAAAAUCCAACGGGAAGUACGUGGCGGUGGGCAUUCCCACCCUCUCUGACCUCACCUACUUCUCCGAUCACUUCACCUGCCAGUGCUACACUGGGCUGAGCUGCUCGCCCCGGAUAGCGAGCGAGCUCCCCAUCGAACCCGUGGCCAUUCCUGUGUAACAUGGCCCUUCAGUAUGCUGUAUGCUCACUGAUUCAUUUCUGAUUCAUCUUGCUGAUUCAUUUGCUGUUUUCUGAUGCAUUUAUUUCACCUUUGCAAAUAAAGUUCAUUCAGUGCCACUUUCACUUCCAACAUCAUCAUUCAGCAUCAAAGAAUUUCAAAAUCUUUAGC